AUGUCUUGGAAAAGUGAUAUUAGAGUAAUUGUCGGUUUAGACUUCGGAACAACCUUUAGUGGAUUUAGUUAUGUUCAUACAGCUAAUCAAGAAGAAAUUAUUACCAAUGAAGCUUGGCCUGGUGAAAUUGGACAGCUGAAGACAAACACGGUUUUGCAAUAUGAUCCAAAAUUUGAAACGGUCGAUUUAUGGGGGGCACCAGCAUUAUCAAAACGACCACAUCAAAUUGAUGUUACGUAG